AUGUGGUGCAAAGCACCCUGCCCUUGCCCGGCGGGUGUUCUGCCGGGCGGCAGCUUCCAGCGAUCAUCGGCUGGGCAUGUAUCCAGACAACCUUUAUCUGUCAAAAAGCAGGUUGCAAUAGCUCUGUAUAAAUUAGUAAGUUGUGCCGAGUACAGAGUCGUUGGCGAUGUGAUGGGUGUUCAUAAAUCGACAGUUCGAAAGUGCUUAUGUAGAGUGACCAUCACCAUUAACAACGUUAUGGUACAAGAUAACAUAUUUAUGCCUUCUGAAAAUGAAGCUCAGUUCAUAUCGCUCCAAUUUAAAAAAAGAAGCUUUAUUCCACAAUUGAUUUGGUGUAUUGACGGAACACACAUCCCAAUUACCGCACCACAUGAAGGUUAUCGAGACUUUGUGAAUAGGAAAGGAUGGACAUCAUAUAAUAUAAUGACUGUUGUCGAUCACAAUGGAAGGUUCAGAAAUGUUGUAAUAAAAUAUCCUGGGAGCACGAUGCUGCCGUAUUCAAGGAUAGUAGCAUAUACAAGAAUGCACAGACCAUUAUUCCUCAGACAUCUAAAAACAUCGAUGGUGUGGAUAUACAUGAUUGUAGGUGACUCAGCUUAUCCUAUAUUACCGUGGUUCAUCAAAGGCUAUUUAGGCACAUUAUCAUCAGAAGAAGAGAUUCUUUUAAUGUAUAUUUGA